AUGAUUUGUCGCCUUCUGUACGGCAAUUAUGGAAAUUACGCAAUCGGCCUGUACGACUCGACCAAACCCGACAGCGUUUUUAUGCACGAAGAUAAUCGAGCCGAAGACCAAUCCGCAGGGCACGUGCUCGAUAGCGCGGGAGUUCCGGAGCAGAUUAGAGGGGGUUACAGAGCGAGCCAGAGUAUUAUUCGGAUUCGUCGUCGGAGGAGCGGUCGAAGGAAUCACGUCUGCCCGAAAUGCGGCAACGGUUACCUCGCGCUCAAGAGCCUUCGGCGUCACUUGACCUACGAGUGCGGCCUGAAGCCACGAUUCAAGUGCCCUUACUGCGAAACUCGCAGCAAGCAGCGGGGCCACGUGAGCCAGCAUAUACACGUGAAGAUCAUCAAGCUAGAGACCAGCAUAGAGAAUCUGUGCGCGGUGGUGAUGGAGGAGUCGCAUUUUGACUAUGACACGAAGAAGUCGCUCGGUCCGAGGAGACGUCGAAACGGACCCGAGAGGCACACGUGCUCGCGGUGCUCCAAGAGCUACGUGCACGCGUGGCAUCUAAACAGACACACGAAGUUCGAGUGCGGCCAGGAGCCGAGGGUCCAGUGUCCUUACUGCUCCGCCAAGAUGAAACAACGCGGUCACGUUUACAGGCACAUUCGCCAGUGUCACCGAGGAUUAUUGAAACUGCGCACGAAUCUGUCCAAGUCUUCAGAGCCGGAGAAUACCGUCUUCCCGAUAAUGUUGCCGAAAAAGGAGCCAGAGGUAGCUCCGGUUGCUCCGGUUGCUCCGUUCUCGAGGAUCAGGGUCGAGUAUCGUUGCGAUAGGUGCGGCAAAAUAUAUAAAUAUCGCUACACCUUGCUGAGACACAAGCACAACGAGUGCGGCCAGGAGCCGAAGUUCCAGUGUCCUUACUGCCCCCUCAAAACAAAACAGCGUGGUCACGUUUACAGGCACAUUCGCCGGUGUCAUCGAGGAUCGUUGAAAUCGCGCUCGAAUCUGUCCAAGUCGCUACAACCGGAGAACACCAUCUUCCCGUCGAUGUUGCCGAUAAAGGACCUGGCGGUGCUUGCGCCAUUCUGGACGAUCAAACCGCGCGAGUUUCCGUUCCGUUGCGAGAGAUGCGGCAAAGGAUAUCAACAUCGCGGCACCUUGCUGAGACACACGCGGCAUGAGUGCGGCAAGGAGCCGCAAUUCAAGUGUCCGUACUGCCCGCACAAAACCAAGCAGCGCGGCAAUCUUUAUCAACACAUCCGGACUAAUCAUCCCGGAAAGAGUGUCUUCUCCAGUAACAUCUAG